AUCCAAUAGUAGGGUACUUUGACAACAUGUCCAGAGGGGGCGCUAAUGUCCCACUGUGUACCUCGUCGGCCGCCGUUUAACACGACAAGGAAGAAGCAUCUUCUCAACCUUCGAGCUAAAUGUUUCGAUAAACAUCUCAUUUAGAUGAGAAAUCAUUAUUUUCAUAUGGUGAUGUUCAGCAGAUUUGAUGGAAGCGGACAAGAUACCUAAAUUCUCCUCCAAGGAUGAGGAAAUCAACUUUUGGAAAGCUCUCUACGUCAAGUACAAGGCAAACUACCAGGAGGCUCACGAUGAGCUACUGGAGUUUCAGGAGGGCAGCAGGGAGCUGGAGGCUGAGCUGGAAGCGCAGCUAGGCCAAACCGAGCAUUGCCUCAAGGACCUCCAGACGGACAACCUCAGACUGAAGAAUGAUGUGGAAAUGCUCAAGGAAAGGCUGGAGCAGCAGUACUCCCAGAGUUACAAGCAGAUCUCUGUUCUGGAGGACGACCUUGUGCAGACGCGCAGCAUCAAGGAGCAGCUUCACAAAUAUGUGCGAGAACUGGAACAGUCCAACGAUGACCUGGAACGAGCCAAGAGAGCGACCAUCGUUUCUCUAGAGAACUUCGAGCAACGUCUGAACCAGGCCAUCGAGAGGAAUGCCUUCCUGGAGAGCGAGCUGGACGAGAAGGAGUCGCUCCUCGAGUCCGUUCAGAGACUCAAAGAUGAAGCCAGAGAUUUGCGUCAGGAACUGGCCGUGCGGGAGCGUCAGGCGGACGUGAGCCGGACGUCGGGCUCCAACUCGCCCGACCACGACGACGUCAAGAUGGACUCUGCGUCGCUCUGCAGUCCCGCGUUGCCUCUGAGCAAAGGUCUGGACGUCACGCUCAUUGGUAACGCGGCAGGACUUUCCACGAGCAACUCACCGCUGACUCCUUCAGCGCGGAUAUCAGCUCUUAACAUCGUCAGCGAUCUACUGAGGAAAGUCGGGGUUCUGGAGGCCAAACUGGCAGCGUGCAGGAACCUGGCCAAGGAGCAGCACGCCAAGAAGACUUACGCUCUGGACAACGGCAACAUCCUUAAUGCUAACAGUAGCGCCUACUCGCAGUCAUUGCAUAUCACCUAUUUGGACAAAGGCAAAGGGACCAGCAGGCUAGAUUCAGGGACCCUCAAUGCCAUCACGGUCCCUCCUGCCGCCUCAUCGGCCGGCUUGGUGCCCCUCACCGUGUGAACACCACAGCAACCACUUCCAGCAGACCCCCCCCGCCCCCCCUGCUCCCCACAUGCGCGCGCGCACACACAUACGAGACAGUAAAGUGAUAUGCAAACGAUUUAUCACUCAUCGCUCAGCAAUAAGAAAAUGAGUCAGAGCGAGCAUUCACAUGCUCACUGAAGUGUUUCCUGAAUAAUUGUAUUUUCAUUAUUUCUAGAUGUUUGUAAAUGUUGAAAAAGUCUUAAGGGAGGUCAUCUUGGGCAUUUCGUUUGCUUUCUGUUGCACGUAUGACCAAAGACAAAUAGGACACCGUUCAAAUGUGUCACACGUUUGGUCAUAUUGAUCGUUUAUAUUGCAGUUACAGGUGGCAAGAAAUCAAUUUGGUGACUGUUUAAAUUCCUAAAAGCAGUUCAUUACUAUGGCGGACGAAAAUUAUUCUAAAAAUAAUUCUCAGAAAGACUGUCACUAAAUCUCAGUAAAAUAGCCAUUUUUUAAAAUUAUACUCCACAAGUUUCAGAAGAACUGUUUAAAAAUACUUAAUUUAAUUGAUGAGUGAAAUAAUUUUGAACGUAGCAGACUAAGAAUUCUUAGUGGUGAUGUUUCAACAUAUUUGGUAUUUUAAUGAAUUUGAUAUGAUUAAUUACAACUUCAAUGACAGAAGUCAUUGGUUUUUUUUGUUUUUUUUGGAGGGAUGUUUUGGUCCGAACACAACAAAGCACUUCAGUUCAUUUGUAUUUAUUCUUUCAUGUGCAAUAUCAC